AUGGAUUUGACCUCGUCGAAUUUCAAUUAUUACCUGCCAUGGGUCCUCUAUGAGUUAGCGACUUGUUCCUUUGUGAGCCUGGACCUCGAAAUGUCCGGUAUUGCCGUCUCUUCGAAGCAGCAGGGCUCUCGGUCUCUCCAGAAACAUUACGAGGAAACCAAGGCUGCCGCCGAGAAAUAUCAGGUGCUUCAAGUUGGCAUGACAGUCUGCCACGAAGACCGAGAGAAAGGGAGCUACACGUUGAAGCCUUACAACAUCUUGCUCAAUCCUUGCCUGGACCGAAAUCUCAAUGUGAACCGCGACUUCACCUUCAUGGGAUGGUCCAUGGAUUUCCUGGCUGGUCAUAACUUCGAUGUUGGCGCUCUGUUCAAUCAAGGCAUUCGAUAUCUGUCUCGAGCUGAGGAGAACCUGGUUCGCGAGGAAGCCGUCCGCCGUUGGGCCCCAAACACCUCGAUGAAGGACAUCGAGGGCAGAAUGCGGGACGAAGCGAAUGUUCGAUUUCUGCAAGCCGUCCGUCUCGAGAUCAAUGCGUGGACAGCAUCUGGCAAGUCACGCACAUCAUUCUUGAACAUCCCUCCUUCUUCCGAAAUGGGAGGGCCCUCGCGGCACGGCUUGCCCAGCGACCUGGAUAGCUCUCAAAAAUGGCUUGUCCACAAUCUGGUCAAGAUGGAGUAUCCUGAUAUGAAGACCCGCGGCAUGCCGACCUUCGUGCAAAUCGAACAGCGCAAUGGGGGCGCCAUGAAAUUUGACGAGCGGAUGCGAGAGAGCAAUCUGCGCAUUCGAAAGCACGUGGGAUUCCGAUGGAUCGCAGAGGCUUUGGCCGGAGGUGAUCUGUCCAGCCUGGACGCUGCAGUGUUUCAACCUCUCAUGACAGAGGACCAAGACCCCUCGAUCACGGUCGAAACCAUUGCGAAUCGGGUCAAGGCCCGUCUGCAGGAGAACCGUCCUGUCCUCGUUGGUCAUAACAGCUUCACUGACUUGGUCUAUCUGUAUCAGAGCUUCUUGGGUCCUCUUCCUAACAAGGUCGAGGAUUUCAUUUUCUUGAUCCAUCGCACUUUUCCUGUUUUGAUGGACACCAAGUACUUGGCCACGCUGGACUUUGACUCCAUGAAUCCAUCGUCCUCGCUCGAAGAGCUGAACAAGACCUUGGCCAAGAUCCGUAACCCCAAGAUUGAGGUUGAUAGCCUGUUCUCCAAGUAUUUAUACAGGAAGAACAUCCACGAAGCGGGUUACGACAGCAUGCUUACUGCUAUUGCCUUCCUCAAGAUGUCGAUCCACCUUGACGAUGGGAAGCUACCCAAAGGGAAGCGAGGCCGCCUCGAGGACAUUGCGUACGGGAUUGCCACGCCAUGCAAUCAGGUGGUACAGGACUUGUUCCCGGAAAAGAAUCUGCUCCAUGUCAAAAACCCUUUCACCGAUUUCUUCGACACGGAAGUUGAAGCAGACUCUCAGACUCUGCCGACUCCCAUGGCCUUGGCCGACACUGAGAUUGACGAGGUCAAGCAAAAGGUCAAGGAUGGCGUGUUGAUUCCGCGACUCGGCGACUAUUUCUGGCGUGCUUAUGCGAAUAAGCUGAGAGUCUUUGGAGCGGUCGAGAAGACCGUCUGCUUUGGACCUCCAAACCCGAGUAAGCGCUCCAAGCGCAAGAACAAGAUUUCAGGCUUGGGUGCAGACCAUGACACGCCUAAGAAAGAUCAGCCAGCUGCCAAAGCUGAUCUGCUCAUUUGCGACUGA